AUGUCCAACCAGCACACUCAGAAGACCUACACCCUCAACACCGGUGACAAGAUCCCCGCCAUUGGUCUUGGAACAUGGCAAUCGAAGCCCAAUGAGGUCCGCAUCGCUGUUCGCGAUGCCCUCCUGGCUGGUUACCGUCACAUUGACACUGCCCUGGCCUACGGCAACGAGGCCGAGGUUGGUGCCGGUAUCAAGGAUUCCGGCGUGCCCCGCGAGCAGAUCUGGCUCACCACCAAGCUGGACAACCCCUGGCACAAGCGCGUGAACGAGGGUAUUGAGUCCUCUCUCAAGGAUCUUGGUACCGACUACGUCGAUCUCUACCUCAUUCACUGGCCCAGCUCGACCGACCCCAACGACCUGUCCAAGCACCACCCUGACUGGGACUUCAUCAAGACCUGGCAAGACAUGCAGAAGCUCCCUGCCACUGGCAAGGUGCGCAACAUUGGUGUCUCCAACUUUGGCAUCAAGAACAUGGAGAAGCUCCUCAACGACCCCAGCUGCAAGAUCGUCCCCGCCGUCAACCAGAUCGAGCUGCACCCCAACAACCCCUCCCCCAAGCUCGUCGCCUACAACACCUCCAAGGGCAUUCACUCCACCGGCUACUCCUGCCUGGGCUCCACCGACUCUCCCCUCUACAAGGAUGCCACUCUUCUGAAGAUCGCCGAGAACAAGGGCAAGACUCCCCAGCAGGUACUCCUCGUCUGGGGUAUUACCAAGGGCUGGAGUGUCAUCCCCAAGUCUGUUAACAAGGCCCGCAUUGAGGGUAACCUUGACAUUAACGGCUGGGAGUUGACUGCUGAGGAGGUUAACCAGCUGGACAACCUCAAGGACCGCUUCAAGGUCUGCGGUGACGCCUGGUUGCCCGUCAAGGUCUUCUUCGGUGAUGACGAGUAA